AUGAGCGCGUUCGACUCGCCCGAGGGCCAUCGGCGAGUGCACAUCAUCGAUGACCUGCUGGGAGCGGUGCUGGUACUCGCAGCUUUGGGCUUCGCGCUGCUGCUUGAGCUCACUCGACGGCAGAUCUGCGCCGUGUACCAGUUGGCCUUCAUCCUCUGCGCCUUCAGCACCUUCUUCAUCAUCGGGGGCAUCGUGGACCACCAUUUGACCGACGAACAGCUCACGCUCGCGCUCUACGGCUCCUACCUGUCGAGUUCCCUCACGACGUCGUACGUGUACCUGCCCAUUAUGGCGGCUCUGGGAGUGUCGUUCGCUGCGCUGGUGCAGCUGUCGCUCUGUUCGUGCCAGUGCUGCUGUCUCGUGGGGGCUGCGAGUGUGACGCACGGCCACUGCUUCGCUGCGAGAAUACGCGCCAACAUGUCGUUGUACACCACCAGCUUCGUCGCGCUGUCGGGGGCGAUGGGGGCGAGACUCAAUGCCCGACUGCGCGAGUCGGCCAUCAACCCGGAAGGAGGCACUGUGCAUUGGACAAUGCUACGAGCUCCAUUCUUCUUGGCCAUAGCACACAUCGGCAGUCUGCUCUUCGUGACACUCAAGCUGUUCCUGCAACACUUCUUGCUUGAUCGUGUACCCCCAACGACAGUCGAAGACCUCACGCGGCCCCCACAAGCACCCAAGAAGAAGGCCAACCAAACUCGAAAACCCACGACUUCAUCUGCAGCAACAGCGCUGGCAGACGCCAUGGCAGCUCGUGGUGGCCAGCGCCGCGAGCUUCAACUGCAGAGCCCCGGAUCCCCAGAUCGAACGGAACACUCGAACAAUAACGACGGCGACGUGUCUUCGCUAAUCAGCAGCGACAGCGAGAGCGACGACGAGGUGUUGCAGCCAGUGUUCAAAACGGUGGCAGCGGCGGCUGCUGCAGCUGGAGGUCGAGCUGGAAGUCCUCGACGGUCGGUGCACUCUGGGUAUACUUCUAGUCCUCCAGCAUCACCUACAUCUUCAAUCGGAUCCACGCUAUCGACGUCCCCCAUAGCCAGGUCACGCGCGAUGUUGUAUCGGGCUGGCAGCAAUACCAGCGAGUCUGCCUGGAGCGACUACGAAGACACCAUGGAUCGACUGUCUGCACGCGACUACUACAGCGAUCGCCCGUCGACGGCUUCAUCCACCUCCACAGUCUCCUUACACGGCUUACGCCGCCGUGUCAACGCUGCCAACAACUCCAGCAUGACCAUGGACCCAAUGUCUCGCAGAAACUCCCCGUCAAUCACGCAAUUCGCAGACCCAAGAAGGCAUACGCCGUCCGAGUCGCCGUGGAUUCCCUGCGUCGACCCAGCCAGCGGCAGCACGUACUACUACAAUCAAGAAACGGGGGAAAGUCGCUGGGACCUGGUGUAG